GUGGGGCCAGAGUCCUCGAUGUGUCGAGCUCAAAGUACACCCUCCGUUUCUAUGAGUAGUGGAGGGACGCUAGUGGCAUCCCUGCUCUCAUUCCCUGUAGUCUGCCCUCCCAUUCUCUCCUAGUCGGGCCUGCUCUUCGUCGUGGAAUAUUCCGUGCUUCAUCCCCACUCACUGGCCUAUCUGUGCGGUCAGGGUCUUGAGAGACGAGAUCAGGUUGGGGUUACCACAGGGCUGCGUUCGCCUUGGCCCCAGACGGACUUAUUACCAAUUGUUUCCGUCAGUGCACUAGCUCAUGCACUGGCCGAUGAGAAUCAAGAUGUGCUAGUGUGGGAUGUCGCUGCGGAGCCCCCUGACUCCCAGAUUGCUGAUUCAAUUUAAUGAUUUCCUUUUCUUCGCGAAUUUCCAUAGUACGCUAUACUAAUGAAUGCGUCAGCUAUCCGAAAUACCAAAUUCCGCAUCACUGAUGCUGUUUUAGCCCAAGAGGCUAUAUUCCGAGGUGGCGGUCAGAUUAUUCCCACGGCACGCCGCGCGUGCUACAGCUCGUUCCUGAUGGCGUCCCCUCGCCUUAUGGAGCCUGUAUACUCAUGUUCAAUGAUUGGUCCACAGGACGCUGUGCCCAUGCUUUACACGGUACUCUCCAGGCGGCGAGGGCAUGUCCUCGCUGACGGCCCCAUCGCCGGCACCCCGUUGUACCGCGUUCAUGGCCUUAUCCCUGUCAUCGACUCGUUCGGCUUCGAGACAGAUCUGCGGAUCCAGACCGAGGGACAAGCCAUGGUCAGCCUCGUGUUCGACAAGUGGCAGCUUGUGCCGGGCGACCCCCUCGAUAAGGAGGUCGUGUUGCGCCCACUUCAACCUGCUGACGCGCAGGCUACAGCGCGUGACUUCGUGCUGAAGACGAGGAGACGCAAGGGUCUCAGCGAGGAUGUCAGCGUCGCCAAGUUCCUUGAGCCCGAGUUCUAUCAGAGUUUGAUGGAAAGUGGGACUCUGGGGAGUCCUUAGCUUGGGUGUAGAAGAAUUCGUUGGAUGGGUAGGGUAGGGUAUAUGUAUUAGGGUUGUCCUUUUCGAUUGCUGGUAUGUAUGUGUAUAUAUUUGGGCCGACGGUAGCUAUAUAGGUUG